AUGCGUUUCCUCAUUGCCACUGCUCUCCUCCUCCUUCUACCCGCCGAAUCAGCCCCGGAGAAGCACACUUCCUACCUCAGCAGCGCCCCUUCAAUUGUCCCUUCUUUCCCUCUCGCCGGCGGCAACCGCCACCCCCCCCCCCGCCGCGAGGCCGGCGAAAAGCUCGACCGCAGCCGCUGCUGCCCUGUUCUCGCUGCCUGGCUCUUUGCUGCCCACGCCCGCUCUGCCCUCCGUUACCAUCCCUCCGCAUCGCCUGCUCCGGUUGGAGAAGAUCCUUCACCAAUGAUGCCGGAGAUUGACUCGAAGCGCUGCGCCGAUGCGCUCCAAACCGCGCUCGCUGCUCGCAACAUCAGUCUUCCCCGCCCCAACGCCACCUGCGACACGGUCCGUUGCUUCUGCGGCAUCCAUCUUCAUCAAAUCAGUUCAUUGUCUUGCUCAACUGAUUUUAACCUCUCGGUUUCCAGCAAGAGCGGAGGUGGCAUUAGACCCACUGGCGACGUCCACGAGCUGGAGCGCGACUGUCGCAAUGCCUCCUAUACCGGCUGCAAUCGCUGCCUCAAUUCCCUCGAAAAGUUAAAAGGCGGCGAAGGUGGCGGCGGUGGGGAGAGGGUGGCGAGGAUGAUGGACCGGGAUUGCCGGCUAAUGGGUCUAACUUGGCUGUUGGGGAGGAAUAAAACGGCCUAUAUUCCGACGGUGUCGGCCGUACUAAGGGCGAUUCUCUACAGCGUUCGCCCACCGACGCCCCCGUACGGAUGCAGUCAGGAUGAAGAGAACAUGCCGCUCGCCGUCGACUCCGUUCAGGUCCAGCGCGCGGCGGCCGGCGUUUAUUCUUCUGUUUCCCGUUAUGCUCCCGUUUUUCUACUUUAUUUUCUGCUGGCUGUCAUUGCUGCUGUUCAGGUUGCAGACUAAGUGAUGGUGUCUAUAUUAGUCAUUUUGGUUUGCAGAUGACUGCAGCAUAUGGUUGAUGUUCUUGCAGCAGUUUUCGGCUUUUUGCCUUUUGAAUUAAGAAAACGACGAGGGAUAGCCAACUAGCGAUAUGUAU